GCAGGUUCUCCCCAAUCAUCGUGAAUUGAAAUGAGCAAGUCCGCCGCCAAUUUAGUCGGGUCGCAAACAUUUGCCGAAGCGGUCUACUGAGCAGCAUGUCCAGAGGCGGGGCUAUCAACUUGACGGACUGGACUAAGGAGCAGGUUGCCGAAUGGCUCCAAAGUUUCGACACUGUUCUCUGCGAUGGUGACGGCACCAUUUGGCAGGAUGACACGGCCAUCGAGGGCGCUCCGGAUGUCUUGAAUGCCCUGCAGCAGCGCUUGAACAAACGGGUGUACCUGAUUACCAACAAUGGACUGAAGACGCGCCAGGAGCUCUUUGAGCGCUCGCAGCGACUGGGCUUCCAUUUACCCAGCGACAGACACAUCAUCUCGCCCACGGCGGCCAUUGCAGAUUAUUUGACCGGGAGGCGGGAGUUCGAUAAGACGCGGCACAAGGUCUAUGUGGUGGGCAACGCGGCCAUCGCGCGGGAAUUAAGGCAGCAUGGAAUCGACAGCUUCGGAGCCGGCGAAACGGAGCUACUGCCUCCGGGCGACAAGUGGCAGGACUUUGUGGCUCGCGAAUUCGAGGACCCGGCGGCGGCCAGGGACGUGGCUGCGGUGGUCGUGGGCUGGGACGAGUACUUCAGCUACUGCAAGAUGGCCCGCGCCUGUCACAUCCUGUGCAGCAAUCCCGGCUGCGCGUUCCUCGUCACCAACCGGGACGCCGUGCACAAGUACCCGGCCUUCUGCAUUCCCGGCACCGGCGCCUUCGUCGCGGGCAUCGAGGCCUGUGCGGAGCGAGAGGCCCUCGAGAUGGGCAAGCCAAAUCCGUUGGUCCUUGAACCGCUCACGAAGUCCGGGGAACUGCGAACCGAGCGAACGCUUAUGAUUGGCGACUGCCUCAAAAUAGACGUCGGUUUCGCCAGUAAUAGUGGCAUGCUGUCGCUUUUGGUGGGCACUGGUCGGUACAAUAAUCUCCCGGAGGUCCGGCGGGAAAAAGGCAAGCUGCCGCUGCCAGAUGUUUAUCUGCCCCGACUGGCCGAUCUGCUGCCCUACUUGUGAGCCAUAAAUCCACCCGAUUCCCGGACAGCUAUCGGCCAUAAUCACGUUAUCAACUUCUUAAUUCGACUUUUAUUUGGCUUUAGUUCGUGUGUUUACACAUAGUUGUACAUAUUUUAUCUGCCGGCAAGUAACACUCUCUGCUGGAUAUUUUCGUAAUAUAUUAGAGUGGCUGAAAAACUGCAGGGUCGGAAAGUUAUCCAUGAUCAAAACUAUAUUAAGCUAAACACUUUAUGUUGAUUUACAGAACACGUUAAAAAACGAGCACAUUAAAGCGAAGUUUAAAAGCAGAAAAA